CUGAAAAAUAAUUUUUGGUUGCCAGUAUACCUGUAGUCGUUGCACUGAUCAGUCGAUAGUUUUGUGAUAAAUUAUUUCUCAAGUGAAUUAAAUUAUUAACCAUGGGACGUGAUUCUAGAAAGGUUUCAAGAGAACUUCGGAGUUCUGAAAAAAUUCAUAAGUCGCGUUCAGUCAAAAGAAAGAAUGUUUUUAAUCCGAAAACAGCCGAACGUGAUGAAAGUAUUCAGAGUACAUCUUCUAAAAAAUUAAAACAAAACACUGAAGAUGAUGUACCUGAAGACAGCAGUACUGAAUUUCGAAUAAUAAAUUUUAUUCAGGUAUUCACUGCAAUUUCUGCUCUUAUAAAAUGUAAAAAAUGUGAUGGAAAUGUAGUGUUUCAAACAGCAAGUACACGUGGGCUGGGAUUCAAAAUUGUAGUUGCAUGUAAUAACUGUGGAAAUGAAUAUAUUCCUUCCUGUUCUUUCGUUGGGCAUUCUUAUGAAAUAAACAGACGUUUCAUUUUUGUAAUGAGAAUACUAGGAAUAGGAUACGAAGGAUUGUGCAAGUUUUGCGGCCUGAUGGACAUGCCGUCUUUUUUAGAUAAAUCUACGCAUACAAUUUUACUGAAACAGAUUUUGAAUUGUAGUAAAGCCGUCGCAGAAACCUUCAUGACGAAAGCUGUGAAUGAAGAAAAGCAAGCAAUGCCAACAACUGAAAAUGAAGAUAUAAAUCAUCUAACUGUAUCGGGAGAUGGAACCUGGCAAAAACGGGGAUAUACAUCGUCAUUUGGAGUUUCUUCUAUAAUUGGCUAUUUUACUGGAAAGAUUCUUGACAUAAACAUUAAAAGUGCAUAUUGUAAGCUAUGUGAGUAUUGGAAAAAAAAAACAAAUACUGUUGAGUUCGAGGAAUGGUAUCAAUCGCAUGAAGAUGUGUGUUCUGCUAAUCAUCAAGGGUCUUCUGGGAAAAUGGAGGUGGAUGCGAUGGUCGAAAUGUUUUCGUAUUCUGAAACUAAAUAUGGAGUUAAGUAUGCCAACUAUAUUGGUGAUGGUGACUCCAAGACCUAUUCAGGAAUUAUAAAAUCAGAUCCUUACGAAAAUACAACUGUAAAUAAAAAGGAAUGUAUAGGGCAUGUCCAAAAGCGGAUGGGGAGUCGAUUACGUACGCUGAAGAGUAAACAAAAAGGUCUUGGUGGUCGAGGUAAGCUCACAGGAAAAUUAAUAGACAAACUAACUGUGUACUAUGGUUUAGCAAUACGCCGGCAUUGUGAUUCUAUUGAAAAUAUGAAAUCUGCUAUAAUGGCAACCUUUUAUCACUACGGCUCGAGUGAUGAAAAACCGAAUCAUGAUAUGUGUCCAAAAGGCGAAGAAUCUUGGUGCUCUUACCAGCGCGCUGAAGCAAGAGGAGAGCUUGAUACCUUUUCUCACGAUUAUUCUCCUUUACCUUCUGAUGUUUUAAAAGCUAUCAAGCCUAUAUACGAAGAUCUUAGUAAUGAAAAUUUACUUUCAAGAUGUGUAGGUGGAUUCAAUCAGAAUAAUAAUGAAAGCUUUAACCAACUAGUAUGGAAAAUAUGCCCAAAAACGUCUUGAUGAAUACACUAGGACUUAAUUGUGGGCCUAAUUCUCAUCGGUAUGCAGAAAGAAUGGAUGCUGCACGUAUCAAAGUAGCAGAUAAGCGCGCUAAUGAUAACACCCGAGAAGGUCGAUUGCAACGUAGGCACCAGCAAAUCGAUAUUUUGGAAGCUGCUAUGUCGGCUGAAGAGCUAUUAUAUGGUCCAGGAAUAGAUGACUCAGUAUGAAUCUCCAAGGACUUAUGAUGAUCACCGCAAAGGACUUCGGGAGGAACGGGCUCUACAAAAACAGCGAUAACUUUUUGAAUUAUUAAUUUUUUUUUUUGAAAUUUUCGUGAAGUCAAAUCGAAACGUGUUCUAAUAAAGCUAUGUUUUUAUUUUUGUCAAAUAAAGUAAUUAACUACAAAAAAAAAAUUAUUGAAAAUCAUCAUUUUUUCAUACC